GCGGGUCCAUCAACCGGAAGUACACGCCCACCAGAGAACAAGUGGACGAAGUUUCUUUCUUCAAAACUAAAAGUGUCAUUAAAGUGUGAGAAGUGCGGACCAGCCUGCCCGCUCGCCACCAUGCUUCUGUCCGCCAAGUGCUGCCUUUCGUCCGCCUUUUGGCUCGCCUGCCUUUUCGGGACCUUCGGCAAAAGCAAACAAGAGGAGGGAGCUUUACCCGAGCUCUUCAUCUUCAAUGAGCUGUGUGCCUUCAAAGCGGAACCGGGGCCUUGCCGGGCUGCUAAAGACAAAUACUUCUUCAACGUUGACACUGGCCAGUGUGAGCUGUUUGAGUAUGGAGGUUGUCAAGGAAAUGCCAACAACUUUGAAACCUUGGAGGCGUGCCAGGAAACAUGUCUUGUCUCAGACGACAAGAGCCCGUGUCAUCUCCAGAAGCGCCCGGGUCCGUGCCGCGGCUUGGUGACGCGUUACUUCUUCGACAGCAGCAGUCAGCAGUGCAAGCGCUUCUUCUACGGGGGUUGCUUUGGCAACGCCAACAAUUUUGGAAGCAUGGCACUGUGCAACGCAAAAUGUCAAAACCAAGAAAGGGUGGAAGUCGUCCUCCAGAACGGUGCUCCAGACCUCGGUGACGUGCAACCAACCUCACUGACUGAUGAGCAGACCGCCAACAGUGUGGUGGUACAAAAGAACAACUCUGAUCCACACCCAUCACAAGACUCAAACCUGCCUAGUGUGUGCCUGAGCCCCGUGGACAUUGGACCGUGCGCCGGCCGCGAGCGCAGAUUCGCCUACAACCCUGAGACCAGGAGGUGCCGCGCGUUCCCUUACGGCGGCUGUGAAGGCAACGACAACAACUUCAAAACCCGCAGACAGUGCAUCAGGAAAUGCACUAAAAGUCAAAAGGAUCGGGGAAUGAAGAUGAUCCGAAUGAGCAAGAAGAAUUUCCUCAACAUCCUUCACGGCUCCGUCUGAACGCCUCUUCUGAGUUUUUCCACUCGUAUUUAUCCCCGCAUUACGUUCAUUAAUACACACCAGUGGGUUUUAGUCAGGUUAUUAUGCACAUGAUUUCAUGAUGUAAUCGACAAAAAAACAUAUUUGUUUCGCAUUUAUACUCUUCCAAGUGUCUUUGAUUUAAAAAUGCAAUCAUUCCCACAAUUUCAAGUUGACUUUUUUGAUGUGAAAAUGAACACACAGCUUUGUAUUUCCAGUAUAGAGAAAUGGAACAGUACACAAAUAUUGUCAUCUAAAUGUAAUGUAGUUAAAAAAGCACAAGAGGGCAGUGUUGCACUGAGUUUCACAUAGUAGAUGUAUUUUCUUCUUUGGAGCCUUACUGCUACCACUGAUGUCUUCCUUGUGGUCUUUUAAUGGUGUAAAGAUCAUUUCUUCAUGGUUUUAUUUCAAUAAACGGUCAAUAUUAAAAUGGUC